UUAUAUAGUGUAGUUAAUAAAGAGAAAGCAAGUGAGAGAACCCCUUUCAAUGGAGUUUUUAUCAUUUAUGAGAUCAAUGGAGAUUUCUUACAACAUAAUUAUAACAACAAUUUGUGUUGUAAUUUUGUUGUUCUAUACAUGGAAAGUGUUGAAUUGGGCAUGGUUUGGACCAAAAAAAUUGGAAAAUUGCUUAAGGCAAAGAGGUCUAAAAGGAAAUCCAUAUAAGUUACUCUAUGGAGAUUUGAAUGAAUUGACAAAAAGUAUAGUUGAAGCUAAAUCUAAGCCAAUCAAUUUCUCUGAUGAUAUAGCUCAAAGACUCAUCCCUUUUUUCCUCAACUCCAUCAACAAAAAUGUUACUUCCUCAUGAUUUUAUUAUUGGGGAAAAAGACAAAUAUAUUCUCGAACUAUUGUAAAUGUUAUGCAGAUAUCCUCUGUCAUAUUUUGGAGACAUUGCAUAUAUGCCUUUUACUCUGACGAAAGACUAAACAGGAACACAUGGUGCAAUCUUAUCUGUCGAUUCAAUAUUUAAUAAAUGUUGGAUCGGUGAAUAAGAUUAUGACACGUGAAUGUCAGUUAGUAUAAAAGGUAAAAGUUCUUUCAUCUGGCUAGGCCCCUAUCCAAUCGUGUUGAUCACGAAACCUGAACAUGUAAAGGAGAUUUUCACAAAGAAUUAUGUGUAUCUAAAGCAAACUCAUCCCAAUCCAUUCACCAAGUUAUUGGCUAAAGGUCUUGUUAGCCUUGAGGAGGACAAAUGGGCCAAACACAGAAAGAUCAUCAAUCCUACCUUCCAUGUCGAGAAGCUAAAGCAUAUGCUGCCAGCAUUUUACGUGUGUUGUAGUGAAAUGAUAAGCAAAUGGGAGGAGAUUGUUCCAAAGGGAACAUCAACCGAGAUCGAUGUAUGGCCAGACCUUGAAAAGAUGACCAGUGAAGUCAUUUCUCGCACAGCAUUUGGGAGUAGCUAUGAAGAAGGAAGAAUAGUAUUUGAACUUCAGAAGGAACAAGCUGAGCAUGUAAUGGAAGUAGCACGUUCAAUUUACAUACCUGGAUCUAGGUUCUUACCUACAAAAAGAAACAAAAGAAUGCUGGAAAUUGAAAAGGAAAUUCAAACAACAAUUAGGCGUAUCAUUGACAAGAGAUUGAGGGCAAUGGAAGGAGGGGAGACUAGUAAAGAUGACUUACUAGGCAUAUUACUUGAAUCCAAUAUGAAAGAAAUUGAACAACACGGAAGCAAAGAUUUCGGAAUGACAACAGUUGAAGUGAUUGAAGAGUGCAAGUUAUUCUAUUUUGCUGGACAAGAGACCACUUCAGUGUUGCUCGUAUGGACAAUGAUUUUGUUGUGCCUACAUCCCGAGUGGCAAGUACGUGCCAGAGAGGAGGUGUUGCAGGUAUUUGGAAAUGAUAAACCAGAUUUGGAAGGACUAGGUCGCUUGAAAAUAGUGACCAUGAUCUUGUAUGAGACGCUAAGGCUAUUCCCCCCAUUACCAACAUUUGGUAGAACGAAUAAAGAAGAAGUGAAAUUGGGGGAAUUAAAUCUACCAGCUGGAGUGAUACUCAUAGUACCCGCAAUCUUAGUACAUUAUGAUAAGGAAAUAUGGGGUGAAGACGCAAAGGAAUUCAAACCAGAAAGAUUUAGUGAAGGAGUGUCAAAGGCAACCAAAGGACAAUUCUCGUUUAUCCCAUUUGGAGGAGGGCCGCGAAUUUGCAUUGGACAAAACUUUGCAAUGAUGGAAGCAAAAAUGGCAUUAGCAAUGAUACUACAAAGGUUCUCCUUCGAACUCUCUCCAUCAUAUACACAUGCUCCAUUUGCAGUAGUGACUAUUCAUCCUCAGUAUGGUGCUCCUCUGCUUAUGCGCAAACUCUAAGAUGAUAUUUUACACCAUUCGUGUUGUAUUGUCGAUACUAAUUUGUCACAUGAUGUCUGAAGUCAUGCUUUGAAUUUAAACGUUUAACGUUAAAUUGCAGCUUGGUUAUCAUUAUCAAAAUUUAUUGGUCAUCUCUGAUGAACUUCAUAUUGCCUCUUGGUGGAGCAAAAGUUUCUUCUUCUUAAAGUUGUGUAGCAUAUACUUUUUCUAUUGCACCUCUAUGUUCA